CACUAUAUUUAUGGACUUUCAUUUAUUUAUUUUGGAAAACAGCACACUUUGGUGGUCUCUUCAUGCUGUACUGUGCACAGAAGAACUUAAUGCCCUUUUAUGUCCUUUACCAGCAUUCAUGUUUAAUAUUAAACCAGGUAGUAUCAGACCAUAUAUCUCCAUUACACAUUUACAUUUACAAAUUUUAUCUUAAUAAAUUGGAAAUUAUAUGUCUUUGUGUUGGAUUUUGUCAGUUGCUUUAUUCCUAUUUACAUCCAGAAAUCAAUACAUUUAAUCUCAUCUGUGUUAGAAAACAGCAUUGAUUUUUCAGUUCCUGAAAAUUUAAGGAGGUGUUUUUGUUCAGAUAAAGUUGCCCACCAGACUGUGUACUCAAUGACAUUUGUCCAUGUGAGUAUUUGUGUGUGUGUUUAUCCCUAUGCACCUCAUCAUGCCCUCCACCCAGAUUAUUGAGUCAUCCUUUGGCCUGAGAAACUAAUAAUACCCCCAUGUCUCUGCUGCUAUUUUAGGCCUUGAGGGCCUGCAGGGUUGGGCGUGUGCAUGAGCAUGUUUGGAAGGGGGGUGAAUGGGCUGAGAAGACUCUCUCUCUCUCCAUGUCUCUACCUCUCUCACAGGGCAGCCAGGGUGGGCUAAAUUGGAACAUGGACACACACAAACAUACUUAGUAAGAGGGGGUGGCACUGGGGCGUCCUAUAGUUGCUCAGUGACACACACACGCUCACGAGGAGUAGGACCCUGUGGCAAAACCUGGAGGUUCCCUUUUGUUUUCAUACAUCAAGGAAAUCAGUUGGGAUUUAAUUUGAGUUCAGUUGGAUUACUUUCUCACUGUGUGGCUGCUGGAUAACCUUUGUGGAUAUUUAAUGUAACUCAUUGCUGAUCACACAUGUUUUGGCAAUCGGGUGUCUGAGUGUGAGGAGACAGGGUGAACAAGAAGGGCGACAGAUAGACAAGAACAAACAAGCAGACACAUAAAAUCCAACACAGCUCUUGUUCAUGGUGACAGAAGAGGCAACCCACCAUCUCUAUUAAUUAUCAACUUGAUAUUUGAGAUUUAGAUUAAACUAAAUCCCAAUAGAACUAACAAUUCCGUUUACUAAUGUAAGGCAGGUAAAUUAUCACAGCGGAGACAAAAAGCAUCUGUAGUAGCUGCCACAGUGUCUCCUAUGAAGCAAGCAAGAAGUACUUAAACAGUGCUUAUCACAGGUCUGACUGUGUAUUAUCAACACAUCAUAAAAAGCUGCCAGCUCUUGAUAAAUUAAUCCUCAAUCCUUUACUUUGCAUCUCAGUCUUGGAAUGGCAACAUAUCUCAUGUUAUUUUGGGUAGCUGACCUUCCAGUUACAAACUAGCCGCUCAUAGUCUAUAGCCAUUUAAGUUAUUCAGAGCCCAAGUUUUUGUGAAGACUUGUUGAUAAACUAAUCAUUUCUGGAAAUAUUUUGCAGAUACAUUCAUACGCCAUUUGCAUUUCUUGGUAUCUGUUCGAUCACAGACCAGCCUAGUUGUUAAACAAGGCCAUGCUAUGUACUGUUUACUAACACAGCCAUGCUAUGUGCUGUUUACUGACAAAAGCUUCAAAAAGCUAAUACUGUGGAAAAGCUGCAUGGAACAGCUAUAGGAAGAUUAUAUAGUUUCCAGAUAUAUUCACUGGAAAGAAGGUGUUGACUAGUGGAGUGCCAUCUUGAACCCCCAGGCAGUCUAAUCAUCUGUUCAUCCUUCAAGAGGAGGCAAGAUGUCGAGGCCUCCUUCCUCCCAGACCACUCCUCAGUUCUACAGGGUCAGCGACAGAGAUCUCACCGAGAUUGAGCUCCAUUCUGUGGACUCCAUCAACGACCUCCACCGAACACACCACGAACACAGCCACAAAGGGAUGAGGCCUCCUCGUCCUGCUUACACACCUUCCCUGAAUGGGAAUCUCUACACAUGUGACGUGACAGCUGUCAAUCAAAGAGGCCAUCCAGUCAGCAGCAAAUGGCAGAGUCGUCUACAGGAAAUGUUGACACCCAGCUCAUCGCGUGCCUAUGCCAUGGGCUGUGCUAUUAUCACUUUGCUUCUGCUAACAGUGUUACUCAUCUUCUACUUUUUGGUCCAGCAGGGCGGCGCAGUCCGGAUGCUGACUGAGGCAGUGAGGGAGAAAGAUGCCGCAGCCACAGAACUGUCACUGCUGAUCCAAGAACUGCAGGCACUGAGACACAACCUGACAGCCAUGAGAGGAGGGACAUGAGGAAGAUAUGCACAGAAAACUAACUAGCACAUGAUACAUUUUUAAUAUCGGAUAUGAGAGCCUUUAAAAAUGCAAUUAAACUGUUUUACAGUAGAUUUUUCCUUGAAGAAGAAACAUUUGUCAAAAUGUUCUCUAAAUGUUGUACUUGUUUUAAGAUUAAAUGUAGCUGAUGGAACCAUGAGAUUAAGAGAUGGGAGGUUUCUGAAAACCUUUCCACUCUCUCCUGCCCUGGUCACAAUAUGAAAAGGACUUUUGAAUUAACUCAGAUACUUUUUAUUCUGUGAUGGCAUUAAACAAGUGUAUAACUGGUUGGAUUAAA